UUAGAGACCGACCGGUGCAUAGUGAGUGUGUAUGGGUGAUAAAGGAUUAUUGUGAAUGUAUUGGUGUGUGAAAGAAAAUAUAUUAUAUUGCAGUUCAUAUUGUAGUUGGUGUAUGAGAAAUUCCAAGAAAUUUGUGAAAUAGCAAUUUAUUUGAAAGUAUUUAUUUGACAAUAUGUGUGGAAUGUAAAAAUAUCGUCAAAUUAAAUAUGGAGAUUUUUUUAUGAAAAUGUUUUCAAUUGUUAUUAAAUUGGCUGCUAGCCUAAUUACAGUUUAAAAUUAUUGAAAAUGAUAACAAAAUAUGAAUGCAUAAAACUCCGCCACAGGCUAAGAUAUGACAAAUUAGUUUCAAACACGAUGUCGAAAUGAGGUGAACGCCAAAAGAUAGACAUCAAUGCAACGUUAAUAACAAAAAAAAAAAAAAAAAAGUGAAACACUUACACACACACAGACACCCACCCACGAGUGAGUAUGAAUGAAAUGCUGUGUGGAAAAUUUUAUUGAAAACAAUUUGUAUACAUUACUGUGUCUUGUAAAAAAAACAACAGUCAUUUGUUAAUCAUCAACGAAGUCUUCGUGAAUACGGUCGUCGUUCUCGUAGCUGUAUUGUUAAAUUCGCCAUUACAUUGCGUUUCGUUUCGUUUCGGCCAUUCAUUCUUCAUCCAUUCAUUCGCCAGCUUAGUUUUCUUCCAUUUCCAUCGAUGAGAAUUGUAAAACGGAUAUCGCACCAACAAAUACUGUCCGCCUUAAUGAAUUCCGUGUACCCGGAUAAAUAAUUAACCAAGUUUUAGUUGUCAACAAUUAAAUAUUGAAAAAAUGCCUCCCAAACGCCGACGUCGUUUUCAAGGCUUAUACUAUCAUUCGUCGCCGCCUAAAGUACUACCCAUGAAUGGUCAGCUGCCAAAUGAUAGUGGCCGUCGGAGGCGUGGAAGCGAUGAUUUUUCCAUCAAGCUCUCCACAAUACGAAUAUGGAUGCAUGAAAAGGAAAUUGGUAAACUAACCCGCAUAUUAUGGGCUGGCCAGGGGAAUCGUUUAAGGCAACAGGCCAGCACCAAUCCCAGGGUCAAGAGAUUUCUAGCAGCAGUGCCUUAUGUGAUGAAUUCCAUUCGCGAUGUCCAUCAAGCGGUAAUCGACAACAAUUUGGAAAAUCUUCAGGCUCAUUUGGAACCACCUGUACCACCGGCCUUGGUGACAUGUCGCGAUGCAAAUGGCCUAAAUCUGAUACACAAAGCGGCCGGCCUUGGCCAUGCCACAAUCUUGGAAUAUCUGAUCACCACCUGGCCCGAUGGCGUACACGAGUGUGAUAUAACCGGCAAGACCCCCCUGCAUUGGGCUGCCAGUGCCAAAAAUAAUAUGCGCUGUUACACGCUGCUCACGCAAGCUGGCUGUGACGAGGAAGCCGUUGACUAUAAAAUGAAAACGCCUUCAUUUUAUCGCCAUAAACCGCAUGAAAUCGAAAGGGCGUUUCUGACGUAUGUUCCCGAGGCACCACGAGUAUCACCGGAUGUGGCCACAGAUUGGGAGGCCUUGAGUGAUGACAGCGGUGAUGGCAAGAAUCCCAACAUCAAAAUACCCGAAAUGAAUGGUUUCGGUAGACAUUCCAAUACGGAGAGUAAUGAAAAUACAUCGGAAGCUGAAAUGACGGAGGGCGCAAGUGCAGCGGAUGACGAUGAUGCUGGUGGUGGAGACGAUGAAGCCCUAACAGAAGAACCAGAAAAAGAAGAAGAACCUGCCGCUGAAGAAAAUGGUGAUGGAGAUGCUGAACCAGCGGCUGAUGAAGAAGAAGAGCAGGCUGAAGAAGAAAAACCUGCCGAAGAUGAGACCGAAGAUAAGAAAGAAGAAGAAAACGCCGAAGAAACCGAAAAUGCUAACGAAGAAGCCCAAACUAAUGACGAUGAGGCUACAGCUGAAGACAAAGAAGAACCACAAGAUGAAAAACAAACACAGUCUGUAAAUGAAACGAAUGCCACCACCACCACCAACGACAGCGAAACGAAUAAGGCCGAAGAGGAGGAUCACGAAGGAGAAAAUGAAAAACAAAAUGACGAAGAAGAGAGUGAAAAUAGUAAAGAAACUGUCAUCGAAAAAAGUGAUGAGGGAGCCCAAGAGAGGGAAGACAAUGAAAAGGAAGUCAAUGAAAAAGAUGAAAAAACCAUUGAAACUGCUGAAGAAAUAAAGGAAAUAGAGGAAAAGCAGGUGGAAACUGAAGACAGUGAUAAAAGCGAAAAGAAAAAGGAAGACGAUGAAGAUUUAGAAAGCCAUGACAAAGAAAAGGAAAAAGACGAAGUUGUGGAAAGUCAUGAUAAAGCAAAGGAGGAAAAGGAAGAUCUAGAAAGUCAUGAUAAAGGAAAGGAGGAGGAAGAAGAUCUAGAAAGUCAUGAUAAAGGAAAGGAGGAGAAGAAAGAUCUAGAAAGCCAUGAUAAAGGAAAGGAGGAGGAAGAAGAUCUAGAAAGUCAUGAUAAGGGAAAGACAGAAGAGAAAAGUGAGGAUCAAGUAAAAGAAAAUGAACAGGAUAGUAGUAAGGAAGCAGAAACAAAAGAGGAUGAAAAUGAGGCCAAUGAUAAGGCAAACGAGGUUGAACUGAAUGGCAACAAUAAAGGUGAGCACAAUGAAGAAAAAGGUGAUAGUAUUAAAGAAGGCGAUAAUGAGGGUAAAGGCGAUGGAAAGGAUGUUGUAAAGGAUAUGGAAGAUAGGGAUGAUCUAACCAAAAACGAUCAUGAAAAGGAUUCGCUAGAAGAAGGAAACCAAGAAAAUAAUAAAAAUAACGAAAAGGAUGAGAAAAACGAAACAGUGGAAAACACAAGUAAGAAUAAUGAAAAAGAAGAUGAUAAUAAAGAUAAAGAAAACGACGACCAAACUCAGGGUAAGAAUGGAGAAUCUAAAACUGAAGGUAAGCAUGAAGAAAGCUCGAUAAAAGAAGAAACAGAAAUCUCAGUAGAUUCGGGAAAAGAAGAUGGGAAUAUCUCAAAGAAUAAAGAGGACUCCGCAAAAGAAGAUGUGAAUUCAACAAAAGAAGAAACAAUCACGGAAGUGGAAAAAGAAAAGAAAAAGGAGAAUGAAACAAAUGGCAAACCCGCUGAAAAUGAAAAUGUGCCAGAUGUAGGCUCAAACAAAUCCAGUGAAAAUGGAAAAGACGAAGAGCAAGUACCAAAGACCGAUGACAAUCAAAAAGACAUUAAAAUCAUAGAAGAGAAGUCGGAGAAUGCGGAAGAAGAAAUCAAAAAAGAAAAACUCGGAACCAAUGAAAGUUUUGUUAAAUUGAAUUUAGUUCCAACGGGAAUUUUAAAGGAGGACCAUAAGGAAACAUCGAUGAGCGAUGAAAAGAAGAAAACGGAGGAGCAAGAAGAAGAUGAAAAUAAUAACAAUGCAGUAUCGCCCAUUAACAAUGAAGAAAAAGAUGAUCAAGAUCCUAAUAGAUCUUCAGAAUCCCCACAAAAAUCGCCCAAAUCCCCAAGUGACACAGAUGAGUCCCAAGACAUUGAAGAUUUCCUCAAGCAAACCCAGCAAGACAUUAGCAACAAAUUUGAUGAAAUUAGCGACAAUUUAAAAGAAAAUGUUAAAGAAUUUUCCAAUAAAAUAAAAAAUAUUUUUACCACUUCAGAUGAAAAUGAAAACGACGAUAAGAGAGAUGGCGAAGAAAGAGAGGACAAUGAUACCCCCAAGGAUUCGAAUGAAAAUGAAUCGAAUGAUAUUGUCGUAGGUAAUGCCAAUACUCCGAAAUCUCAGCACAAAGUGGUGAAUGGCAAGGGCAGUGGCCGUAAAUCGGGCAAACAUCGCUCGGGUGGUGAGAAUAGUAGCGAAGAUGAUGACGACGAAGAUGAUGAGGAAACUGAAGCAGAGGCGGCGGCAGACGACGGCGAAAAUGAUAACGACGAUGAAAAAGAAAAUGAUGAAGAAGGCGAAGAAGAUGAAGAAAAUGAACCAAAUGACGAGGAGGACAACGAAAAUGACGUGGAAAACGACGAAGAUAAUAAUGAAACCGACAAAGAUAAUGAAAACGAAGCGGAAAAAGAUGACGACAACGAAGAGGAAAAUGCCGAGGCAGAGCCUGAGGAUGAUGGUGGUGCCGAUGGCACUGAGUCACCCACCUCAUCAAUGGCCAUUGAAGGUUUUGUCGAGGGAGUUGCCGAUGAUAAUACAGUUCAGUCCCAUAAAGCUGCUUAUGUUGAAGAUGAUAAUGAUGAAGAGUCACGUAUCAAUAGAAUCAUAGCUUCUGGAGAUAUGGAACAAUUGGCCCAAAUCGUAUUGAAUGGGGAUGGUCAGAAGCUAUUGAAUGUCAAAGCCAAAGAACCGGAAAUUCAGGCGUUCCUAAGGAAUGUACCAAAUUAUAUGGAUAAAAUUCGUCGGGUCCACGAAGCUGCCCGUGGCGGUAGUUUAUUGAAUUUGCAACAGGCGCUAGAUCGACGAAAGUUUGCCAUAGCCAAAGAUGAAAUAUCACCGAAUGGAGCAACGCCAUUACAUGUAGCUGUGCUAUUUGGCCAUAGUGAUAUUGUUCGAUAUUUGUCUGCUCGAUUCCCUGAAACCACCUCUGUAACAGAUAAUGAUGGUCGAACCGCCCUACAUUAUGCAGCAGUUAUAAGCGAUAAUGGACAUUUUUAUAAUGUACUCCAGCAGUUGGGAGCAAAUCCAAAAGCUAUGGACAAUUUUGACAAGACCCCCGAACAAUAUUUGGCCGAUAAUGAUAUGAAGGACACAUUUAAUUAUGGCCUACUAUUGAAAAAUUUCGGUGCCGAAGAAUUGGAAGAACAACUUUUGAGUGAUCAAGUACCAGAUGAUUUGCACAGCUCGAGGCGUUUGUUAAACGAUGGUGAUAUUCAACGCACACUGGAUCGUUGCUUCAGCGUGAUACAGGAAUCGAGUAAGGUAUGGAGUGGUGCCACCGCCUCCGCCUUGGCCCAGAAGAAACCAUUGUCGGACAAUAAUUCCCUACAGCUGGCCGUAACGGGAUAUUUGAGUCGUUUCCUGAAACCCUCGGUGUAUGAGAAAAUAAAGAAGCGUCAAACACGUUUGGAUCACAAUCUCUUCGAUGUCCUGUGGCCGGCAUUGCGAAAGACAUCGAAGGAGCGCCAUCUGGAGGAAGACAUAAAUUGUGGCGUAAUUGCGCCCGACUUUGAUGUCUAUGUGGUGUUCCAGGAGUUUAUGGUCCCCUUGAUUAAGGAUAUGCAUUGCAUGUCUGUAACGGCCGAUUUUAAGCCACAUCCUCGCAUUGCCUAUUUCCCAAUGCAAAAUGCCGAGCGCCUUAACACCGCUUAUUUUGUGUUUGAAGAUGAUUCAAAUUUGGUGGUUCGUUGUCAGGUGGAAUGUUCCCGAAAUUUAGAUACCUUUGAGUUACCGCUCAACUUGACCAUUGGACAAAUUGAACAAGCCGAACGUUUGAUGAUGGCCAAAAUAUUUAGCUCAGCCUUUAUAGAGGCCAUAGAUGAGGAGGAACCGGGUAGUUACUAUACUUUAACAGAGAUCCUAGAAGAAAACUCUGAGGUCCAUGAAAUGCUCAGUAGCUAUAAUCUUCUCAUACCUUUGCUUGACCAAAAAGAUGCGGUACAACAGGCUGAGUCCAUAGCCUUUAAUGGUCCCCUGUGGCCAUAUGGUCGUGGAGUGUAUGUCAGUGCCUCCAAUAACAUGGCCUUGUGGUUGAAUUGCCAGGAGCAUUUGCGCAUCAUUUCCAGCACCUCGUCCAAGGAUGCUGCUGACAUCGGGUCAGUUUAUACACGAAUUGGACGUUGUAUUUCAUUCCUCGAGCAACAGUUACAUUUCAAAGAAAGCUAUCUGCUGGGCUAUCUACAAUCUCGACCAUCCUUCCUCGGCACUGGCCUGAAGAUGACAACAAUUAUACGUUUGCCAAAUCUCAUGAAAGAAAUGGACAACUUACGCCAUCUGUGCUCGGUGCGGGGUUUGGCCCUUACCACCAAUCGCCAAUCGAAACUGAGCGUACGCCUGAUAAAUAUGCAGUCCAUGGGCUCCGUGGAACACAUACUCUUCCAGGACUAUUGUACGGCUGUCACGAACAUUCUGUCGCUGGAGAAGGAUAUGUCACUGACCAAUUCCAAACACAUUGCCUCAAUGUUGGUGAAAAUAUUUCGUCGUAAAAUAGAAAAUCAGAGUUUUGAAGAAAAUCCCAUAUUCAAAACAGAACAAGGCAAAUAUUUAGCUGAAAAUCUAGCCGAUCCCCUUAUCAAAGCUUUAACACAAGUUGCACAAAAACGCCCACAAGAUCCCCUGCAAUAUUUAACGAAUUAUCUGCAAACAUUUGUGGCACAGCGUAACACAAAUGGACGAACAGUAGUACGAGCUGCCGUCCAUUCGGGCAGUAGUCACACAGACUCCACGGCACUGGCGGCCAAUUCGCAAACAGACUCACUUGAAGAGAAGCCAAUUGUACCAACUUCACGUAUGAAUGGACAUGUGACACGCGACAAGGGUGAAGAUAUCGAAACGGAUCCUGCUCAACAACAAAUCUACGAUGAGGAUGCCGAUGAAGCGGAGGCUGCACUGUCCAAGCGCUUAGAGGAACGCGAUGAACAUGGUCAGAGUAUGCUGCAUUUUGCAAGUGCACGAUCACAUCGUCGCGGUGGUCUACUGCAGUUGAUCGAAGAAUCGAAAGUGGAUAUAACAUAUCGUGAUGAGUUAUAUCGCACGGCCCGUGAUGUUGCCCUGCAGGCGAAUCAGGUGGUCAAUGCCAAGGAUAUUGAUCGUUAUUUGAUAUCGCUGGCGAUUGUUGGUGAUGUCAAACCCUUUGAGUACUUUGCCAUUGCCGGCUAUGAUCAUAUCAUUGAUUUAAUGGAAGAUGACAAAUCAAUUAUCGAGGUUGCCGAAUCGAAAGGUCAUACAGAGUUGGCAACCUAUUUGCGUACCAUACGUCCUAUGGAGGAAUUACGCGAAGAACUUCAUCAAAUGAUUCGUGACCAUAAAGCGGAUCGAGUUAAGGAAAUUGUUGCUGGGCCAGAAGCCAAAUGGUUGUUAAUGGCCAGAAAUUAUUAUGGAAGGACAGCGCUGCAUAUAGCCAUAUUAAAAGAAGACGAGGAGCUGGUGGAACAUUUUGUUAAAAUAUGUCCGGAGGCCUUGAAAAUCGGUGAUAAUCUGGAACGGUCUCCUCUGCACUAUGCCAUGGGCACAAAUCUGGUCGAAGGCAUCAGUCGGAUACUCAUACAAAACGGGGCCAAGCGAACGAAUAAGGACUUGAAGGGACGACAACCAAGCUAUUAUUUUAUGAAUAAGGCAGACAUUCUGCGAUUACAAGAGGAGGAAGAUGAAAACCGCUAAUGUGGAUCAAUAUUCACACACACACACACACACACACACAUUCACCAGCUCACCCAAACACAUGUCACCUAAUUUAAAGUAAAGAUUGUCUUAUAAACACCUUGUAUUGUUGCCUAAUUUUAACUUUUAAAUUUAUCGACAAUUUUAAUUU